CGUGCCGUAAAGACCGGCGUGGAGCCGCCCCCAGCCGAGGCUGCAGCGGACGUGAGCGGCAAUGGCGGAUAUGGAGGAUCUGUUCGGGAGUGACGCCGACAGCGAUGCGGAGCGUAAAGAUUCUGAUUCUGGAUCUGACUCAGACUCCGAUCAAGAGAACGCUGCUUCUGGCAGCAACGCCUCUGGGAGUGAAAGCGAUCAAGAUGAAAGGGGCGACUCGGGACAACCAAGUAAUAAGGAAUUGUUUGGCGAUGACAGUGAGGAUGAGGGCGCCUCUCAUCACAGCGGCAGCGAUAACCACUCGGAAAGGUCGGACAACAGGUCAGAGGCCUCGGAGCGUUCUGACCACGAAGACAACGAACCCUCCGAUGUAGAUCAGCACAGUGGGUCGGAAGCCCCCAACGAUGAUGAAGAUGAGGGCCACAGAUCGGAUGGAGGGAGCCAUCACUCCGAAGCGGAAGGUUCUGAAAAAGCACAUUCGGAUGACGAAAAAUGGGACAGGGAAGAUAAAAGUGACCAGUCAGACGACGAGAAGACCCACAAUUCCGACGACGAGGAGCGGGCCCAAGGGUCUGAUGACGAUAAGCUGCAGAAUUCCGACGACGAGGAGAAAAUGCCGAACACAGAUGACGAGGAGAGGCCCCAGCUGUCUGAGGAGGAGAGGCAGCAGCUGUCUGAGGAGGAAAAGGCUAACUCUGAUGACGAGCGGCCAGCAGCCUCCGAUAAUGAAGACGAGAAGCAGAAUUCGGACGACGAGGAACGGCCGCCGAUGUCUGAUGAGGAGAAAAUGCAAAACUCUGAUGAGGAGCGGCCGCAGGCCUCAGAUGAAGAACACAGACAUUCGGACGAGGAGGAGGAGGAGCAGGACCGUAAGUCAGAAUCUGCAAGAGGCAGUGAUAGUGAAGAUGAAGUUUUACGAAUGAAGCGCAAGAACGCAAUUGCAUCUGAUUCAGAAGCGGAUAGUGACGCUGAGGUGCCGAAAGAUAAUAGUGGAACCAUGGAUCUAUUUGGAGGUGCAGAUGAUAUAUCUUCAGGGAGUGAUGGAGAAGAUAAGCCACCUACUCCAGGACAACCUAUUGAUGAAAAUGGAUUGCCUCAGGAUCAACAGGAGGAGGAGCCAAUUCCCGAGACCAGAAUAGAAGUAGAAAUACCCAAAGUAAAUACAGAUUUAGGAAACGACUUAUAUUUUGUUAAACUGCCCAACUUUCUCAGUGUAGAGCCCAGACCUUUUGAUCCCCAAUAUUAUGAAGAUGAAUUUGAAGAUGAGGAAAUGCUGGAUGAAGAAGGUAGAACGAGGUUAAAAUUGAAGGUGGAAAAUACCAUACGAUGGAGGAUCCGCCGGGAUGAAGAAGGAAAUGAGAUCAAAGAGAGCAACGCUCGGAUCGUUAAGUGGUCAGACGGAAGCAUGUCCCUGCAUUUGGGCAACGAAGUGUUUGACGUGUACAAAGCUCCACUGCAAGGGGACCACAAUCAUCUUUUUAUAAGACAAGGUACCGGUCUCCAGGGACAAGCCGUCUUUAAAACGAAACUCACGUUCAGACCUCACUCUACAGACAGUGCCACACAUAGAAAGAUGACGCUGUCACUCGCAGAUAGGUGUUCCAAGACACAGAAGAUUAGAAUCCUACCAAUGGCUGGCCGUGAUCCUGAAUGCCAGCGCACAGAAAUGAUUAAGAAAGAAGAAGAACGCUUGAGGGCUUCCAUCCGGCGGGAGUCUCAGCAGCGGCGAAUGAGAGAGAAACAGCACCAGCGGGGCCUGAGUGCUAGUUACCUGGAACCUGACCGCUAUGAUGAGGAGGAGGAAGGCGAGGAGUCCAUCAGCCUGGCUGCCAUUAAAAACAGAUACAAAGGGGGCAUUCGAGAGGAGCGAGCCAGAAUCUACUCCUCAGACAGUGACGAGGGAUCCGAAGAGGAUAAGGCUCAGAGGUUACUCAAAGCAAAGAAGCUCAACAGCGAUGAGGAAGGUGAACCUUCUGGGAAGAGAAAAGCAGAAGAUGACGAUAAAGCAAAUAAAAAGCAUAAGAAGUAUGUGAUCAGUGACGAGGAGGAAGAGGACGACGACUGAAGUACAAAAUGUGAAGGCAUUUUAUAUAUUGUAUUGUACAGCUUGUUUUAUAAAUAUGAUGUAAACAUGAGUUAUUUUGAUCCAAAUGAAUUGAUUUGCCUUUGUGUAAUUUCUAAUUGUAAUAAAAAAUAUAUCAUUU